AUGGCCUCCCGGCCCAAAUUUGAUCACCGCUCUCCCUCCCACGACGUCCUUCGCAGCGGGGCUCCGUCUCCACGCAUUGAGCACUAUGAUGGUGAAAUCCCUCCAGCGCUCUCUCCACUCGAUGCCUUCGCUGCUCAAGGUCGACUCCUUGCUCGUCAACUGGAGGAAUCGGCACGGAGGAACCGGCGCAUGAGCAGGCUGCCUCCGUCCAGCGUGGCUCGUUCGCUCUCGCAACCCCGUCCCGGCUAUUUUCGAUCCCCAUCGUCGAGCGAUUCUUCCACUGGCGCAAGAGGUCAUGCUGGACGCAAUGAACUGUCAAGACAACCUACGCAGAAGUUGAGCCCUGAGGUGGAGGAACCCAAAUUUCGCCCGCAGUCUGAACAUCCUCGUCUGAGUGCGGUGUCGCACCUGACCAGCGAAGUGGGAGAUUACCCCGAGGAGGACGAAGACACGACUCCGAAAAAAGAGCCGAGCGUGAACGCCCUUGACCUGCCACGCGCCGAAUCACCCGAGGAUGCCAUGUCCUCACACAGCGCACCCGAAGCUCCGCCGGAAGGCCCUCCUCGGUUCUAUGCUGUCUCCCCCACUGGCCUUACUCCGGGUGGCCCGCCCCCUUCGCUGGGGGUCUCGAUGGUGGCACCGUCUCGGACCUCUUCGACUGAUUCUGUCUCUCGCUUGAACAUCCCCCCACGAGGCCUAGCACCCCCGGGAUCGCCACUGUCUAGGCCAUCGAGUAGUUCUCGAGCAGUACAGCCCGAAAGCUCCGACGAUGACUACAGCAGCUCGAAUGCCGGGUCGACGUUCUCAAAGCCCCGGAAGAUGUCCGCCAGUAGCGCCGUGUCACUGCCAUACUCUUCGAUGUCCUCGUCCAUGACACGCUCGCAUCCCCGAUCGCCGUCUAUGAGCUCCGAGACUUCGAACGCGGGCAAUUACCUUCAACGGCCCUAUAACUUUUCGCGUCCCUUGAGUCGGUCUAGCACCAGUCUCUCUGCCCCAGGUCCGAGGGCCUCGCCGGAACCGCCGGUUGCCAACUCGCAAGGCGCGCUCAAUCGUGGACACAAGCCUAGUCCCAUUGUGGUACCAUCGCCAUCGGACCUGCCCAUCAACCCCAGUGAAGACCCGUCUUCUGCUGUUUCUUGCUACACCUAUGCCAAGUACUCGCUGCCCCGGGGACGCGCGGUUUCGAGGGAUUCGGUGGUCUUCUCCGGCCUCCAAACCCCUCAUUUCGAGUGGCAGGAGCCUUUGUUCGAGAGCCCAACUCGGCACAGCACAGCGGGACCCCCGCAACCUGCAAGAACCCCGUCGCCUACCCCCUCCCUCCAGGCUUCAAUCCACUCGAAGACGCGCUCAAUGUAUGAGUCUCCCGCUUCCGCUCGUCACUUGACUCCGGAGCCCCCUCUGCCUCAACAAACCCCGCCAUCUCCGGAAGUUGCUCCCACUGAAAAUAUUUCUACGGAACAACGGGAAGCAGAGGCCCCAAAGAUAGACCACACCGAUGCCACUUCCUCUGCAGGUUCUGAAUCGACCGUUCGCCCGCAAACCGCGCGGACAAACACGACAACAUCGGCUGUAAUUACUGCGGAUGAGCAUGUGACCAAGGGUAUCGAAUGUCAUGAGCGAGGGUCUUUGAAUGAAUCGACAUAUCACCUGCGCAUUGCAGCCAAGCAGAACCAUCCAACUGGAAUGUUACUUUACGCGUUGGCUUGUCGACAUGGCUGGGGUAUGCGACCGAAUCAGCGGGAGGGUGUACAGUGGUUGCGCAAGGCGGUGGAUUCUGUUGGAAUCGAAUUGAUGGACGAUUCGAACCCGACCAUUCCCGCUCGCGCCAAGGAGCUACAGAAGGCUUAUCGAGCGCAGUUUGCCUUGAGUAUCUACGAGCUUGGAGUAAGCCAUCUGAACGGAUGGGGUAUCGAACAGGACAAGUCCCUGGCCUUGCGUUGCUUCGAGAUCGCGGGCCAAUGGGGCGACGGCGAUGCCCUAGCGGAGGCCGGUUUCUGCUACGCCGAAGGUAUUGGAUGCAAGAAGGACCUGAAGAAAGCGGCGAAAUUCUACCGGCAGGCGGAAGCGAAGGGCAUCAGUAUGGUUGGGAACAGUUGGAUCUACAAGGACAAGUACAUGGACGAGGAGUCCAGCUCGAACUCGCGUGGUCGGGGCCAGCCUGGCAGUACUCCCGAGAAGAAACAGCGCAGCAAAUCCCGAACCCGCAGUCUUUUCCAUCGCAAAAAGUCGGUUGCAACUGAAGCAUAG